AUGGAUCCUGAUACAAACGAAACAUACUAUGCUCAAAUCGCUGCAUUGACUGUUCUGGGCACAAUUGGUGAUUAUGAUUUGGAUUACCAGUGUCCCCCAUCUGGCUACGAUGGUGUAGCUCCUGGUUGCAACACUAAACCAGAUACACAAUUGGUCGUGUUGCACGUCAAUACUUUGAAUGGUAAAUUGUAUGCAAUGGAUAUUAUACUCUCUGGUGCUCCUUUCCCUUCUUCACAAGAUCUGACAGAGAAUCAACCACCAUUCGGCACAGCUCACCACAAGUUUACUUCUGGAAUUACAAUCAAAGAUUCUGGAUAUUUGAAAAUCUGUGCAAUUCGAAGGAGCAGCAAAUGUCGAAAUAAGAAUCCAAAUGCUCACAAAUUACCUAAUCCAUUGCCAAGUAAUUAUGGAAACGGUAUCUUUGGAAUCCAAUUAUUAAACUUUGUAACAACUUCUACAUGGAUCAUGGAUGAUGUAAAUCAGCUGCUGAUUGUUAGUGCAGGUAGCACUUCAUUUUAUUUCAAUGGCACUGGAUUUUUUAUGUAUGACACUAAUUCAAAAACAUGCACAUGGUCAGCAUCUUGCGAUUAUCAAUGUGAAGCUUAUAAUUAUGACUCUCGCUUCUUGGACUAUGCUGGUGAAUGGGUGAUCACAAAUAAAUGGGGCAUUGACAAAAUGGAACCAGUGACUGUAAAAGUAUGGAUUGGUAAUGCAAUUGAUGCUGCUGGUAUCUUCCCUAUCAUAAUGUAUACUGAUAAGAAAACUGGUGACUACUUGGGUCUAGACAAACUUGAUCCAAUUCCAAUCGCUAACAUGGGUGCCACAUAUUGGUACACUACACAUGGGGAAACAAUACCAAGAGCUAGCAUUGAAGCAUAUCAUCCCAAUGUUGUGGAUGGUGGUUGCGUUGCCAAUAUGAACGAUUGGAUUGGUAGUGUGGAUACGAAAUAG